GUUUGGAUUUUAUUAGUUUCUUUUUGGUUUCUUUGUUUGGAUUUUAUUCGUUUCUUCUUGGUUUCUUUGUUUGUUGUUUGGAUUUUAUUCGUUUCUUCUUGGUUUCUUUGCAUUUUAUCAGUUUCUUCUUGGUUUCUUGGUUUGCUGUUUGGAUUUUAUUAGAGUAGUUAGUUCUUGGUUUGUUUGUUCGUUGAUUUGCAUUUUAGUAGCGUAGUUAAUUUUUUCUUGGUUUGUUUGUUGUUUGUUUGUUGUUUAUUAGCGUAGUGUUUUCGUAGGUAGAGUUUUUGAAUUUUUUAAAGUUAGGUGUUUGUUUAUCUUUUAGUGUCGAGUGUACAUAGUGUAGAUUUUGUAAAUACGUUUUAAGUUUCAAAUUUGUUAGUUAGUUAGAGAGUUAGGGAGUUUGUUAGGGAGUUAGGAAGGGAGAUGCUGAGGAAACACCAGAAAAUGCUCCAAUGCCUCCGGGCCAGAUUCUUAAGGGGGAAGGUUGCCCCUCUGGCCCCUACGGAGAGCGGACGGGAGGAUGCAGCUGCCGUCCCGCCAACCCUGGUUGUGGCCGCCUACCUGGGCGGAAAGAAGGGGCCCAACCAGGAGCUGGCCUUCCUCCGGGCCGUGAGGAGGGUGUGCGAGGCCUGCAAGGGCAAGGGCCUCCGCACCCUCCCGUUCAGCAAGCAGGCCGUCGGGGAGGAGAUCCUGGACAUCAUGGAGGAGGCCUUCUUCAACCUCACGGAGCCCUUCGUGGAGGCCAUGGCGACCGUCCAAAAGCUCAGCCAGUUCCAGCCUCCACUGGGCCCAGAUCUGAGGAGCUCCAUCGUGGCCUGGGCUGUCCGGCUGAUCGUGAGCGGCAGCCCAGGCCCCCACCAGCCCCACCAGCUGGAGCUCCAGGACAGGGCUGAGAAGGGCCUCCGUGAGAUGUUGGAGCAGCUGCUGAGGGAGGACCCGUCGGCAGGGCACGUGGUGGGACUCCUGGAACACCUGGCCUACUGGCUGCAGACCAGCUGUCCCACCGCCCGGUCCAGGGCCGCCUCCCUCAGCAGCUGCCUCCUUCAAUUUGCCGGCCGCCUGCCCUCCUUCCCGAUCCGGGACAGCGCUGCCCUGGGGAACCUGCUGGACACCGGGAUCCGGGAACAGGCCAGGGGGACCCUGGGCCAGCUGCACAGGCUGCUGCAGUGCCGGCGGGGGCUUCGCAAGAAGACCAGGGGCCCCCGCUGGGAAGUGGACCCAGGGCAGCCCUGGAAGGAGGGCUUCUUGCACCUCCGCCACGUGGGUGAGGUGUUCCUGGGACACCUCACCCCGCAACAGAAGGAAGCCUUCGCCCAGGCAGCGUGGGGCAACCUCUCCCACCUGGCCCAGGACUGGGUGCGGGAGGGGAGCCUCGUCCUCCUCUACUCCGUCCUGGGCCGGGCAGACCAGCUCCUGGAGGAGAAGGAGGAAGACGACCUCCGGAUGAGCCUCUCUGCCCUCACCUCACAGCUGUGGAAGGAGCAGGGAGGCUCCGAGGUGAGAUCCAGGCAUCCUGCUAGGAGGCUGGUAAGGCCACAGUUUCCACAGAAAUGUGGGUCCUUAGAGCCAUCAAAGGAGCCAAGGGUGCUGAAGCUCCACAAUGAGGCUCGUCCUCGGUCGCCUCAGCUGGCCCCUAAGAGCCCCGAGAGCCCCUAUUCUGCUCAAAUCUGA